AUGCUCGUCGUUUUCGAUCAACUCGUCGUUCAUCUCAAACAUCCUUAUUUGAUAAAAAAUCAUAUCAUCACUAAAACAAAACCUGUUUCAUUAGAUAAUCUUUCACCUGUUGUUCGUCAGAUUCUUUCUAAAGAUCCAUCGUAUGCUGUUCGUUUUGUGGUCAAUUAUCUCAAAAUAAACAAUAUCUUGUUUAACAACAUUCAAGAACAACUGGUCGAGCUGAAAAUCUCUUCUCGACAAAUACCAAAAGAUGAUUUUAUAUUAGAAACAAAUGAAGAUGAAAAUGAUUUACCUCAUCCUCCAAUUGUUGCUUUUCCAUCAAUAGAAAAUCAUUUUCAUAUGGAUUUAGAAACAGAAGAUCCAUCAAUACCAAUUCAUGAAACAGCUCGUUGUUUUGGUUGUGGAGCUUCACUUCAAUGUGCUGAUAAAACUAAACCGGAAGAUAUUCUUUUUUUAAAUAUAAUCAUUUACUUAUUUAUUAAUCAAUAUUCUAGAAGUUUUAUACCAGUUGAAAUAUAG